UAACUUCCUCGUAGGUUUGCUUUCGCUUUUUUAUUGAGCUUAGCUUAAUAUGUACUGGUAAAGAUUUGAAGGAAGAGGAGAUUGUCAUUUUCCCGUUCCUUCAAGGUGAAAUCGCUAGAGCACGAGUACCAAAAUUUUUUAAGGUAAUAGCUAUUUGGUUUUUUGUUUUUUUUUCAAAGAUAAUAGCUAUUUGCCUCCCUCUGCUCCUGGUUCCUUUGUCCUUCAUUUUGGUUCUCUCCUCGAGGCCCUCUAGAGAUCCUUUCUGCUCCCUGCUCUUCUUCAUUUUGGUUCUCUCCCUCUAGGCCCUCUAGGAUCUCUACUGCUCUGUCCCUCCCUGCUCACUUCGCUAUAAUCAUCAAUGGUUUAAGUCCAAUUCCUUUUCCUCCUUGCCAUUUCAACAUUAGCAGCUCUCUCUAUAACCCACCUGCCUCAAUACAUCACUUUCUACUUCGCUUGCAGUUCCUUCUAUAACCCAUUAUGAACCUAGCUGCCAUGAACCUAGUUGCAGGCACCUAUGAGCAGGUAGUAUGGGGCUUCAAGCUCAGACUCCACAAUGAAAACGAAACUGAGCAAGCGUUUCUCUCCCCCAUCUUCUCUCAUCAUGCCCACCUCUCUCCCAUCAAAGCUCUGAGUGUUUCAGGCCCUAUUGCUGCCUCCUCAGGUUCAGAUGAAACAGUUCGGGUAUUUGACAUAAACCAACGAGCAGAGAUUGGAGCCCUAAUCCAUGACAAUGGAGCCGCCUCUUGCCUGGCUUUCUAUGGCUUUACUCCUAAAAAUUCAUCCGUCAAUUUCCCUGUACAUCUUAUCACUGGUUCAGAGCAGGGUUCCAUCUCCAUUUUUGAUGUCGAAGCUCUGGUUCACUUGAAAUCGAUUCGAGCUCACAAAAAAGGUGUAAAUGACCUAACAAUCCACCCAACUGGUAGGGUUGGACUGUCCAUUGGUAGGGAUUUGCAGUUGUGUAUGACGAAUUUGAUAAAGGGGAGGAGGAGUUUCGGUUGUAAGUUGCAGAAAGAGGCGUCAUUGAUUAGGUAUGGGUUGGAUGGGAAGACCUUCUUUGUGGUGACUGAGAGGGUGAUUUCGAGCCAUGAUUCAGAGGAUGCGAGGUUGCUUUUGUCGAUGGAAAACUCGAAGAGGGUCAAUUGCAUUGCACCUGCUGAGAAUGGCCUCCUAUUUACCGGUGGAGAAGAUUGUAGUGUGAGAGCAUGGGAUCCAAUGACUGGGAAGGUUGCAUUUUCCUUUGAAAAUGCACAUUCGACUCGUCUAAAAGGCCUUGUUGUUUUUGGGGAAAGAUAUGACCAGGGUGAUGAUGCUCCAUACAUCAUCGCAUCUGCAUCGUCGGAUGGGUUCAUAAAGGUUUGGGACUUGAGGAUGGCUACAGAGAGGCCGACCCCAUUGGAGGAAGCUUCCAUCAAAUGUCGGCUAACUUGCUUUGGAGGAUCCUGUAUUAGAGCUUCGAGAAAAUCAUUGAAGAGUUGAAACUUUCUGGAGCGUACACUAUAACUUUGGGGAUUCUAUUAGAUGAUAGAUGGGGCCACACAAGAUGGACAUACGGCUUUUAGUACACCAAAAAUGAUUGAUUGAGGUAUUAUUCUGGAGUCUGAAAAUGGUGAGAGAUUCACAGCCUGUUGGUUACUUUGUUUUUUCAUGGGAUCAACUUUAUGUUGGAUUUGAAUAGUCAAGAUUGUAUAAAUAUUCGGAAGCCUAUCAAUUUUGAUGUGAAAUGCUUAUUGGACCAUUUCCUUAAAGGCUGAUAGUGUCAUUUUCUUUGGGCAUAUUAGCUUUUUGAACUUGCGCAUGAGACAAUUCUUCAGUUUUCUUUAUGCGCUCCUAUGCUUCUUUUGUUGGAGAGAGCUUAAUAUAUAUUUGGUUUUAGUGUUUAGUCAAGAAUGUGUAAAGCGGUGACGAAAAAUCAUCAAUCCAACCGAUCCUGAAUCGCUUGAGUAA